AUAAGAUUGGGUAAAAUUUUGGCAGCACAACCCGACGGGACGAACAGCCAUGCAUGCAGCAGCAUCGUGACCCUCAAUUCCAGCUUGCCUGUUUCGAUUUACCUCCCACCCAGCACGCCUAUUCGAUCCCCGAGCUCGCCUCUCGCACGCCCGUGCCAACGUUGAGACGCACCCUGCAGGAGCGCCCCCCGCCGACCAAAUUUUGAUUGCGGUUUUGUCAUUGACCAUGGCCGACACAAGGAUGAUAGUGACGGCCUCGGCCACGGCCGUUGUGACAGGGCUGCUAGCUUACGCCGUCUUUUUCGACUACCGGCGGCGACACAGCCCCGAGUUCCGCCGGCAGCUACGCCGAAACGAGCGCAGGCAGGCCCGCAGCGAGAAGGAGGACGCCGAGGCUGCCGAGGCCGGCCGCCUGCAUCUCAUCAGCCAAAUCAUCGACGAGGCCAAGGCGACCGGCUACCCCGAUAACGUCGAAGAGAAGGAGCAAUACUUCCAGGAGCAGAUCACGAUCGGCGAGACGCUGUCCACAAAUGCUACGGCCGACCCCGUUCAGGUUGCCCUGCACUUCUAUAAUGCCCUCAAGGUCUACCCUAGCCCCGGCGACCUCAUCCACAUCUAUAACAACAUUGUGCCCAAGCCAAUCCUUGAUGUCCUUGCCGAGAUGAUUGCAUACGACACCACCCUUUUGGUUGGCAGCACCUCUGGCGCCAAGGCACAAACUGCCGGUGCCAGCAUCUUUGAGGCCGGUGAAGGCAGCAUGCCGCCGGUGGUUGGCCUAGACUAGACGGCAGAUUGUGGCUCUCAUACCUGUCUCGCCGAUGGUUGUCAGAGCAGAUACAUGCCACCCCGAUCUUCUCUCCCAACCAUCCACCCACUUUGCUACAGCAUGAACCCACGCAGCGGUACGACCAAAACAAACAACCCUCCGUGCAUUCUGUUGGAAAGACGGACAGACCAAUAGCCACCCUCGGAGAAGCAAGGAGGAGCCGCAAAGUCCGUGCCACGAGAGCCCCUCGAUGGCUGACGGCUCCUUCUCCGAACCCCUUCCAGACGACUCUUGCUCCCUUUCCUUGUAUAAUACGGAGAGGGAUAUAUACGGGUAAGCGGGAGGGAGACGGACCCAUACUGUAGAACAUCAUGUAUAUAAACCCAUGUCUUUUUUUAUGAGGGGUCACUGGUGGCUGGGCGUCACUGGGGCGAGAACAAAAAGAAAGGGAUCUGGAGACUUGGAUGGCGCGGUGCUAAGGGUCAAACAUUGACACACUGCAAAUUCAAAAAGAGAAAAAUGAACAAGUUUAUCAUUGUGCA